GUCACAAUGGGCAACGACAUCGAAGUCGCACGAGAGACUCGACUCAGCGAGGAUGGUUCUUUGAAGGCACCCACAAAGGUCGGUCGAGAAGAGCUAGCCGACAUUAUACUUCCCCACGAGACGUACGAGGGAAGACACCGCUUCGAUCCGCAGGCUACAUGGACCGACGCCGAAGAGCGCCGAGUGGUGCGCAAAGUGGAUAUGUACCUACUCUCGUGGCUAUGCCUUAUGAUGUUUGGGCUGCAGCUUGACCGUGGCAAUGUAUCGAAUGCGCUCGCGGACAACUUGCUCACCGACCUGGGUUUGACCAGCGACGACUACAACAAUGGAACUACAAUUCAAUUGCUGUGUUUCCUGGCCGCUGAAUUCCCAGUUCAAUUUCUCACCAAGAGAUAUGGCUUCAAGUGGGUUCUUCCUACGAUGAUGAUGGGCUGGGGAACGGUUUCCUGGGCUCAGGCGUGGAUGCACGAUCGCACAUCUUUCUACCUUGGUCGCGCCUUCAUUGGUCUUUGCGAAGGUGGUUUCAUCCCAGGAGUCAUCCUGUUCGCGACAUACUUCUACAAAUCCAAGGAGCUUGCCAUUCGAUUGGCCGCUUUCUGGUCAACCCUCAACAUUGCCCGCGUCAUUUCUGCUUUGCUGGCAGCUGGAAUCUUGGAGAUGCGCGGUAUUGGAGGCAAACCAGGGUGGUUCUGGCUGUUCCUGCUCGAGGGUCUUUUGACCGUUGUGAUUGCCUUCGUUUCAUUUUUGUACCUCCCUGCAUCGCCAACCUCGACAAAGACAGUCCUCUGGCGAAAUGGCUGGUUCACCGAGCGGGAAGAAGUUAUCAUGGUCAACCGCAUCCUCCGCGAUGACCCUGCCAAAGGACUCACGGCCCUCCACGAGCCAGCAACCUUCAAAGACAUCCGCGCCGCAUGGUCCGAUCCCGCGAUGUGGGGACUCUACCUGAUCGGCCUAGUAGCCUACAUCCCAGCAACGCCCGUGCAAGCCUACCUAACCCUGACCCUGAAGCGCAUCGGCUUCACCACCUUCAAUGCCAACAUGCUUACGGUCCCGUCCGCCGUCCUGCAAAUCAUCACAAUGCUCACACUCGCAUACAGCAGCGACUACUUCAACGAACGGACCCUGCACAUCAUGUUCGGAGAGUUCUGGAUCAUGCCUCUGCUCAUUGCGCUCUUGACUCUUCCCGACGGCGGGCGUGAGUGGUCUCGUUUCACGCUCAUCACGAUGAUUUCAGGUUACCCGUACUUCCAUCCGCUCGUCUCGUCCUGGAUCUCCGAGAACACGUUCGACGUGAAGAAGCGUGCGAUAUCCGCCGCGACAUACAAUGUCAUUGUGCAAAUUGGGUCUUUGGUCGGAUCCCAGAUCUACAGGAAGUACGACUCGCCGUACUACAAGCAGGGCAAUUCCGUUCUGGUGGCCAUUUGUGCGCUGGCGCUGGUUAUCAUGCUAGUGCAGAGACAGGUGCUGGUCAGAUUGAACAAGAAGAAGGAGGAGAAAUGGAGUCAGAUGACUUCGGAAGAGAAGGCGUUGUAUCAGAGUGAUCUUGUGGCUCGAGAGGCCGAAGGAAACAAGAGGUUGGACUUCAGAUUUGUGGUUUGACGGAAGCUAUACCUGUUGAGAGCUUUGGCGUCGGCGACGCCGCAACUGUGAUCAUGCUGGAGGCCAGUGUAGCGGUCUGGUAGACUGGAGAUGGAAUUGUUCCGUUUUUGCUGGUAGAGUUGAUAGUUCGAAGUGGUGAACAUUGGAAAAGAAGUUGGACGUAUUGUUAGUAUAGAACUAGUAUGUUUAGAGCAACAAUAACAGUCGCAUGGCCGAGACUAAUGGAAAUGCUCCGAUCGACGGAUACGCCAACCAUUCUCCUGGUCUUCAAUUGGUCGAGCAGCACUG